UGACCUAAGCAUAAUACUACAGAACUUGACUGUUCCUGUGUGACAGCUGCAAGUGUCUUUCGUCGAUUUUUAAAGUACCUAGUUUUUAUGAAAGAAUACUGAAUGCUCCCUUAAUUUAGUGUGAGCAUCUUGAAACGCGUAUUUUUGGAUAUUUUUAUUUUAUGUGUACACCUCGGCCUAGGACAGGCUAGAAAGGCGUCUUGCCUUGUCUAUCACACAGAUUUCAAAGUUAGUCAUCGUCAUCUCGUUCCGAAUCACUGACACAAGAAUGCUUAAGCUUUUGACGAAAUUUAAGACGCAAUCGUUAAACGAAGUGAGACCUUACGAAAGCAAUGGAGAAGUUGUGUCAUCUAGUCAUGGAGAGAAAAAUGGUGACGAUGGAACUCUGCAGAAGACGUGGCAUUCUGAAGAGACUGUCGAGACAGACAUGAGCAACUACAUGGGAAGCACACCUAAAGAUUCGUGUAUUUUUACUUCAUUUCACACCUGCAUUUCCAACGUUAACAUCAGAACUUUAAAUGUGUUCAACGAAGCUUUGAAAGAGGACGAGCUCGUGAAAAACGAGAACAAGGAGAAUGGUGAACAUUUGUAUUUUCCCGGGACUUCAAAUGGUCGAGAUAGUGGUAUGAUAUUGACGAACUCUGCGGAAAAACGAAAACGCUCUCACCUUUCAAACAAUAGCAUGUCUAACGAUAGUUCAUCAAGUGACGAGGAAGUAAAAGAACUGUUAUCAAAACAACCAAAAAACGAAUGUAGAAAAGGGAUUGAAGAAGACUUAGUUGCAAACGUUUCUACUCCUUUACGAAAUACUAAAAUACGCCCUACAGAGAGCCACGCAAGAAAACGACAUCGCUUUGCUAGUGGACAGGAAAGAUUCUACAGUCGUCCGUCGUUAGAUUUUGAGAAGAUGCAGCAGAAAGUUUAUUACAAACGCAGCAGCGCAAAUGGAGCCGGAAGACCACGUAUUGUAAAAGUUCGAAGCUUUGCCGGACUCUCUCCAAAUCUUGGUUCAUCUGUGAUGACAUUUCAACCAAUCCAAGGGAUUCAGGCAUUUAAAUUACCCCCUGUGGAAGAGACAAGAUCCAUUGCUUUUUAACCAAAAACGCUUGGCUCAAAAAAUUCGAUUGUGUUGGAUGAAAAGAGCUAUCAUUUGCCUUGGGUACGAAAUCCUAGAGAUUUGUUUGUAGCAGACAGCACAUUAAACAGUUAUUAAGCGUAUAACCGUUGACAGAAAGUUAUUGAAAAUGGCUUUAUAAUCUCGCUGAUCUUGUUGUAUAAAUCAACUUUGUUAGAUAGGCGAAAUCAAGUAUUGGAUUGGCUUACGGUUCAGCGAGGAUGAUUUGGGGGAUUAUUAUUGGGAAAAAAUUCUACGGUGUCUUUCUCGAAAGCUAGAAAUUAGGCUGAAGUGCAAUGGUCUCAACAUUUGAUUGUAGUAGUUACGUCGUUGAUAAUUUUUAUGCUAACAAUAACUGAAAGAAUUUUGAUUUCUUGAUGUUAUUGUAAUAUUUGAGCACAAAGUUUGCAUUGCACAAAAUGUCAAAAAUGAACUGAAAUAAAGCAUCACAAGUGAAAACUAAAAACUUUCAACCAAUCUGACUUUAUAGGAGCUUAGUGCAUUUGUGAGAAAAAACUUUGCUGGCCUAAAUUUCAACUUUCGAGUGAGAAAUGGCGUGUAGAUAAAUAUUGCUGGGGUUACAUAUAUAUAUGCUAAUAUGUUAUAACAUAAUGAUUGAUUUUUAAUCAUUAUUUUCCUUAGCGCUUAAACUCAUAUUGAGGACAUUGUUUUCAUUAUUGAUCACAUUAUUGAAGGAUCGUAUGUAUACAACUUGUAGAAUUUGCACAAAAUAUUUAUAUAAUAGAAACAUUCUGUCUGCUGCAUGUUUUGUAUUUAACGUAUAUUAUGUAAGACUCUGUAAGAGUGUUUUACAGCAUUUGUAUUAGUCGAUAAUGUUUGCUGCGUUUGCAGUGAUCUUAUAGAAACAUAUAUAUAUUUAUAAAGGUUUUUAAAAGAUGUAGUUGUGGUAAUAUAUUAGAAACGCAACAGUUGUAAGAUUUGCAAUAAAAAUAUAAUUUGAAAUAUCGAA